CCUGAGAAGAGAAGGAAGACCGAGCGGUUGAGCGAGUUUUUCAUUAUCGCCGUAUUAACAUGGACGGGAAAAGAUAAAGACGAGCGACAAAAUUCUACGGGUGAUUUUGUCGAUUUACGACAAUGGAACAAGGCGAGAAUUGGCAAGCAAGAUCGGCGUAGGGAUCGAAAUAUGUACGCUCGUAGACGCGCGUUCGUUAAAUUGUGAGAUAAGGAGUGAGAGAGAUAGAUCGAGUGAGUGAGAAAGAGAGGAGGAGGCAAAAAGAAAGAAGGAAAAUAAUCUCUCUCUUGGCGUUGUGUGAAGCGCGUCGUCGCGUCGUGUGUGUCGUGUUCCCGUCUCCUCUGCGCGUCGGUGGGUGCGUCCGUGUGUGCGUGCGUGCGUCUGCCUGUCUGUCUCUCUUCUUUCUUUCUGUCUGUGUGUGCGUGCGUGAGUGUGUGUAAGUCAAGAUGGCGGCGACGUUAACCGUCGAACAAGAACAAGCCACAAAAGAGUUUAUAGAGGCUGUGAAUAAGUGUCGUGCUGGAAGACGUGCUGGACCAGUUUCCUGGAGUACAGCAGUAAAAUUUUUAGCAGCCAGGAAAUUCGAAGUAAGCAGAGCUUUAGCACUUUAUGAACAGCACGAAGCUACCAGAAGAAGAGAAGGUUUGGCUGUCUUACGUCCAACAUUUGAACCAUUACUCAGCGAGUUACGUACAGGAAAAUUUACUGUUCUGUCUUCAAGGGAUGCAACCGGUGCUGCUAUAGCAAUCUUUACGGCACAUCUACAUCUUCCACAAAAUACUACACAUCAAACUACUUUACAGGGUGUUGUGUAUCAAUUAGAUGCAGCUCUUGAAAGCGCAGAAACUCAAAAACAUGGUUUGGUUUUUAUUUAUGACAUGUCCGAUAGCAAGUACCAAAAUUUUGACUACGAUCUAUCGCAAAAAAUUCUCACUCUACUAAAGGGAGGAUACCCAGCCAAACUUAAGAAGGUUUUAAUCGUAACGGCACCGCUUUGGUUCAAAGCACCGUUCAAAAUCCUUCGUUUGUUUGUACGUGAAAAAUUGCGGGAUCGAGUAUUUACUGUAUCCAUUCCUCAAUUGACGUUGCAUAUACCACGAGAAUCAUUGCCACAUCGGUUAGGAGGCACCUUGGAGAUACAGCAUGAGGCAUGGCUAUUACAUUGUCUUAAAUCCAUGACAAACCGAGGCGGGGGUGAACUCUGUGAGGUCUGCGUUACUCCCAGAGUGGGAACCCCACUUUCACCUACGUUAAAGAAUCAUACGGUUCAUCAGAAUCCCAAUGGAACACCGAUUAGUAAUCCAACUAGUCCUAUAACCGAUAAGAAUAAGAUAAAGAAUGGUGUUUCUAACAUUGGGGAUAUUGAAAUUACUAAUGGUGAUGUGUGGAUGGCAAACGACGAAGCACCAUCUCCAGUACAACCUCCGUCCUCAGCAAGUUCUGGUUUUAGCGACGAUGAUAGCCUUCACGGCGAUCUUGGACUGCAAGCAGUUACUAUGGAACAACUUAUUGAAGAAAUACAUUCGAGAGGUCGUGCUGGUCUCGUAGCAGAAUAUGUAGAAAUUAGACAAAGGCCACCCGACGGUUCCUUUAAUAUUGCAAAAUUAAGGCCAAAUCAAUCAAAAAAUCGUUACACGGAUGUACUUUGUUACGAUCAUAGUAGAGUGUGUCUUUCUCAAGUUGACGGCGAUGCAACGUCGGAUUAUAUUAAUGCUAACUUUGUUGAUGGUUACAAGCAAAAAAACGCGUUUAUUAGUACUCAAGGACCUCUUCCAAAGACAUGUGGAGAUUUUUGGAGAAUGAUAUGGGAACAGCAAACUCUUGUUAUUGUGAUGACUACAAGAGUAGUAGAACGGGGGCGUACAAAGUGUGCACAGUAUUGGGGUCCAGAGCCAGGUGAUGAAGUACAAGCAGGUGGCUUCACCGUAACAACUUUAGAAGUCGAUAUAAACCCAGACUAUACGAUAUCUAUGCUCCUUCUUACAAACAACAAGACUGAUGAGACAAGAGAGGUAUGUCAUAUGCUUUACACAGCAUGGCCGGAUUAUGGCGUUCCUCAAUCAGCUAGAGCUUUAUUACAAUUCCUAUCCCUAGUAAGACAGCAACAGAAUAAAUUAUUAGCAAGUAGGGGUGAUACCUGGGCGGGACAUCCACGAGGUCCACCUAUAGUAGUACACUGUAGUGCUGGUAUUGGCAGAACAGGAACAUUUUGCACCUUGGAUAUCUGCAUAUCUCGAUUAGAAGACACGGGAACUGUUGACAUUCGUGGAACGGUAGAAAAAAUUCGAGCACAAAGAGCCUACAGUAUUCAAAUGCCAGAUCAGUAUGUCUUUUGUCAUCGUGCUCUAGCAGAAUAUGCACUUUCUAGGGGCAUGUUAAGUCCUCAACAUCUUGCUAUGUUACCUCCAACGGUCGAAGAAGAUUCCGAUUAAGAUACACAUGUGUAAUCUGAUAGGCAAGAAAAGUAGGCUGAUAAUAUUUCUGAAUAUGCGUAAUCGGCUCUGUUCUGUCUCAAUAGUUUACUUCUAGCAUAAAUGACUAAAAUUUAUUUUUUUCUAUCAUUGCCAUUCAAUGUGUAACCCUUAAGAUUUUUAGUGUUUAUAUAUAUAUAUUAGCCUAAUAUUCAGGAUAUUCUGAAUACAAACUAGUUUGUCAAAAGAAGGCCAAAUCAGUAAGUAGGGAUUGUAUAUUUCUGUUCCAUUUGAUUUUUUUUUUUUUCGCGAAUUUUUGAUUGAGGUAGCGUGACGUACUAAUAAAGAGGGCACACAGGUGUGAACAAAAAAACAAAUAAGUAACGAAUAACACGAAUGUGAGAAUAAUACAGUUUUGGAUUCUAUCUUUUGAUCAAUGUGAAAAA